AAAGACCAGGCCGCUGGCAAUCGGAAAGCACCGCGUGUGAGUCCCGUUCUGCUCCCCGGAAUCGACUUCAUCCUUCUGACUCUUCCGGAGGCUCCUGCGAGCCUUUCCCGCCCGCAGCCAUGAAGAUAAAGCCCGUUUCCCAUAAGACGGAGAACACCUACCGGUUUCUUACAUUCGCCGAACGGCUGGGGAAUGUGAAUAUUGAUAUUAUUCAUCGUAUCGAUAGAACUGCAAGCUAUGAUGAGGAAGUGGAAACUUACUUCCUUGAGGCUCUGCUGAAAUGGAGAGAACUGAACCUGACGGAGCACUUCGGAAAAUUUUAUAAAGAAGUUGUUGACAAAUGCCAGUCAUUUAAUCAGUUGGUCUAUCAUCAAAAUGAGAUUGUUCAGAGUUUGAAGACUCACCUGCAAGUUAGGAACAGUUUUGCCUACCAACCCCUUUUGGAUCUGGUGGUUCAGUUGGCACGUGACCUGCAAACAGAUUUCUACCCACACUUCCCCGACUUCUUCCUGGCCAUCACCUCCCUCCUGGAGACGCAGGACACGGAGCUGCUGGAGUGGGCUUUCACCGCGCUGUCCUACCUGUACAAGUACCUGUGGAGGCUGAUGGUGAAAGACAUGGCCAGCAUUUACAGCAUGUACAGUACACUCUUGGCUCACAGAAAACUGCAUAUAAGAAACUUUGCUGCUGAAAGCUUCACUUUUUUGAUGAGAAAGGUUUCUGAUAAAAGUGCCCUUUUCAAUGUAAUGUUUCUUGAUCUUAAUGAACAUCCAGAAAAGGUAGAAGGAGUUGGACAAUUACUCUUUGAAAUGUGCAGAGGAGUCAGAAACAUGUUUCAUUCCUGUGCGGGCCAGGCGGUGAAGCUAAUUUUGCAGAAGCUCGGACCAGUUACUGAAACAGAAACUCAACUACCAUGGAGCUCCGUGGGAGAAACUCUAAAAAACAUGGCCAAAUCCACUGUUCUCUAUGUCCACAGGGAACAUUUUGGUACCUUUUUGGACUGUUUGCAAGAGUCACUCCUGGAUCUCCACAACAAAGUAACGAAAAAGAACUCUUGCGAAAGUUCUGAGCAGAUGACAAGGUUGUUGGAAACGUACCUGAUACUCGUGAAACACAGAAGUGGAUCCAAGAUAAGCAACGCUGCUGGGGUUUGUAAGGUGUUGUCUGAAACCAUGCACAUAGCGAGUCUCUCUGUGUCUUGCCGGAAGACCCUCUUGGAUGUAAUUUCUGCUUUGCUCCUGGGUGGAAAUGUUUCCUUGCCGGACACCCUCAUCAGAGAAACCAUAGAAAAAGUGUUUGAGAGCAGAUUGGAAAGGCGUUUAAUCUUUGGUUUUUCUGAAGUCAUGUUUGCAAUGAAGCAGUUUGAGCAGCUUUUUCUGCCCAGCUUUCUCGUGUACACUGAGGAUUGCUUCUCCGCUAAUGACUCCACGGUCCGGGGUGAGGCCCUGGCCAUGUUGGCCAAGCUCAUUCUGAACAAAGCGCCUCCUGCUGCCGGCUCCAUGGCGACUGAGAAGUACCCGCUGCUCUUCAGGCUGCGGACUGGGGGGCAGAGGAAGACUCGGUCCAAGGAAGGAGAGCAGCAGUCUGUAGUGCUGGACCAUCUCUUGUCGGUGAUUCAGUCCCCGCCAGGUCCAGAGCCGACUUCCCUCGCGCAGUCCUGGGCAGCGCUCGUGGUGCUGCCUCACGUUCGGCCUCUUGAGAAAGCACGGGUGCUCGCCCAGGUGAUGAGCUUCGUGGAGUCGCUCUUCAGGACUGUGGACAGCGGGGACUUUGGGACAGGACAUUUGUUUGUUCUUUGUCAAGCCGUGAGCACUCUGCUGAGCUUGGAAGACGCCUCUGAACUCCUUCGCCUGCUUCCUGUGGACCGAGUGAAGAACCUGGUGCUGGCGUUUCCCACAGAGCCUCCCGUGCUGCUGCUGGCCGAGCUCUAUUACCAGAGGCUGGCCUUGUGUGGCUGCAGAGGGCCGCUGUCUGAGGCCGCGCUGAUGGAGCUGCUCGCCGGGCUACAGGCCAACCUUUCAGCUGGUGCUUCCAAGAUUCGGCUUCUGACAAUAAGAAUCCUGAACCACUUUGAUACCCGGCUUCCAGAAUCGAUGGAGGAAGACGCAGUCUCGGGGCGGCCGUCGGCCAUCGCGGUCCUGCACCAGGCGGAGCUGGUUCCCGCCACCGUGCAUGACUACAGGGAGAAGCUGCUUCACCUGAGGAAGCUGAGGCACGACGCCGUGUGCGCUGCCGUCCCCGACGGGCCGCUGCAGGAGGUGCCCCUCCGUUACCUGCUGGGCAUGUUGUACGUCAACUUCAGCGCGCUCUGGGACCCUGUGAUCGAGCUUAUAAGUUCUCAUGCUCAUGGAAUGGAAAAUAAGCAGUUUUGGAAAGUGUACUAUGAACAUCUGGAAAAAGCAGCUGCACGUGCGGAGAAAGAGCUGCAGAGCGACGUAGAAGACAAGAGGCCCACUGGAGACGGAGGUGGGGGGCAGACCCGAGAAGGAGGCGUCGGGGCUCUGUAUGAGGAGCAGUUAGCACUGCAGACCGACUGUCGGGAAAGACUCGACCAUGCCAACUUCCGGUUUUUGCUCUGGCGGGCUCUGGCAAAGUUCCCAGAGAGAGUGGAGCCCCGGUCCCGGGAGCUGUCCCCGCUUUUCCUGAGAUUUAUCAACAACGAGUACUACCCCGUGGAUCUGCAGGUGGCUCCAGCCCAGGAUCUGCGGAAAAGGGCCAGAGGGUCGGGCGCAGAGGAGGCGCGAGAGGAGCCCGCUGCCGGAGAUGAAGAGGAUCUGGAGGAAGAGGCCAGCCCCCCGGACGAGCCCCCCCGGAGGAAAAAGACACGCAGAGCGGCCGUAAAGCAGUUAAUUGUUCAUUUGCAAGUUUUCUCUAAAUUUUCAAAUCCACGAGCCUUAUAUCUGGAAUCCAAGUUAUAUGAAUUGUAUCUUCAGCUGUUGCUACACCAGGACCAAACAGUGCAGAAAAUAACCUUGGAUUGCAUCAUGACAUACAAACACCCUCAUAUCCUUCCUUACAGGGAAAACCUACAAAGGCUGCUCGAUGACAGGACCUUUAAGGAAGAGAUAGUGCAUUUCAGCAUUUCAGAAGACAGUGCUGUCGUGAGAACAGCCCACCGCGCAGAACUCUUUCCUAUUCUGAUGAGGAUUCUGUACGGGCGAAUGAAGAACAAGACGGGGAGCAAAACCCAGGGCAAGGCCGCCGCGGGCACGCGCACCGCCAUCGUCCUGCGCUUCCUGGCGGGGACAGAGCCCGAGGAGGUCAGCGCAUUCCUGAGCUUGCUGGUGGAGCCGGUGAAGCCCUUCGGGAGCGGCGAGUGCCACACCGCUGUCCUGCGUGCGGUGGACGCCCUGGAUCUGGCCAGGGUCCUCCCCCUGGGGCGGCAGCACGGCGUCCUGAACAGCCUGGAGAUGGUGCUGAAGAACAUGAGCCAUCUCAUCCACGCCUACUUGCCCACGAUCCUGCAGAUUCUGCUGUGCGUGACAGCCACCGCCUCCCACGUCCUGGAGCAGCGGGAGAAGAUCCAGCUGCGGUUUAUUAACCCCCUGAAAAAUUUACGGCGUCUUGGAAUCAAAAUGGUCACCGAUAUCUUCCUGAACUGGGAAUCCUACCAGUUCAAAACAGAAGAAAUCGAUGCUGUGUUCCACGGAGCAGUGUGGCCCCAGAUCUGCCGGCUUGGAUGUGAGAGUCAGUAUUCGCCCACUCCUCUGCUGAAGCUCAUUAGCGUCUGGAGCAGAAAUGCAAGAUAUUUCCCUCUUCUGGCGAAACAGAAGCCAGGGCACCCGGAAUGUGACGUCCUCACCAACGUCUUUGCGGUUCUCUCAGCGAAGAAGCUCUCCGAGGCCACGGCCAGCAUCGUGAUGGACAUGGUCGACGACCUCCUGAACCUUCCAGACCCUGAGCCCUCAGACACGGUGCCAAACUUGCCGGUGACCGGCUGCGUGUUCGCGGGACCUGCAGGGGACACAGCCGAGUCCAUCACUGUGGGAGGAAGAUUGAUUCUACCUCAUGUGCCCGUAAUUCUUCAGUACCUCAGCAAAACUACCAUAAGUGCAGAAAAGGUGAAAAAGAAAAAGAACAGAGUGCAAGUCAGCAAGGAACUCGGCAUUCUUUCAAAGCUCAGCAAGCUGAUGAAAGACAAACAGCAGAGCUCUGUGCUCAUCACCCUCCUCCUUCCCUUCCUCCACCACGGCAGCCUGGCGCAGGACACAGAAGUCGAUAUCCUGGUGACGGUGCAGAACCUGCUGCGGCACUGUGUGGACCCCACGAGCUUCCUCAAGCCCCUGGCCAGACUCUUCUCGGUCGUUAAGAACAAGCUGUCAAGACAGUUGCUGUGUACAGUCUUCCAGGGUCUGUCCGAUUUCGAAACUGGACUAAAAUACAUUACUGACGUUGCGAAGCUGAACGCCUUUGACCAGAGGCACCUCGAUGACAUCAACUUUGACGUCCGCUUCACUGAGUUCCAGACAAUCGCGCAUCACGUUAGAGAGAUGCAGACCGUGGACGUCAGCUUCCUGGUCGCAGUCAUGCACAGCUGCUUCUACAACAUGGAGUUAGGGGACAUGUCCCUGAGCGACAGCGCCAGCGUGUGCCUGACCAGCGUCGUCCGGAAGCUGGCCGCCCUGGCCAUCUCGGAGAAGGACUACCGGGAAGUCGUGCACCUCUGCCUCCUGGAGAGGCUGCGGAGGGGGCUGCGGAGCCCCACAGAGAGUAUUCAGCAGGAUUAUACCACGAUUCUGUCCUGCUUGAUUCUCGCCUUCCCCGAGCGGCCGGAGUUUAGAGAGCUGGUGCAGCUCACCCACUGGCAGGACCCGGAGAUGGACUUCUUCGAGAACAUGAAGCACAUCCAGAUCCACAGAAGAGCGAGAGCCCUGAAGAGACUGGCGAAGCAGCUGACGGAGGGCACGGUGGUGCUGUCCUCCAAGGCUCUGCAGAAUUACGUCAUGCCCUACGCCUUGACUCCAGUUUUGGACGAGAAAAUGCGCAAGCAUGAAAACAUGACCGUCGCGGCCACGGAAGCGAUCGGAGCUGUGUGCAGACACCUCGCCUGGCCGGCCUAUGUCUACUACUUGAAGCGAUUCAUCCACGUCCUCCAGGCUGGGCAGAUCCAUCAGAAGCUGGGCGUCAACUUGCUGGUGACCACACUGGAAGCAUUCCACUUUGACCACAGAACGCUGGAGGAGCAGAUGGGACGCAUUCUGCAUGGAGAAAACACAGACAUGGCGGAAAUGGCCGAGUGCCCGGAGGAGGAGGCCAUGGACGUGGAGCCCCCGGGGGAGGAGGAGGAGGAGGACCCGCGCGCCCUCUCCCUCCUUCCCCGGAACGCGGAAGAACUGCAGAGGACGGUUGAAGCCAUCCACAGGAGCGUGACGGGGGACAUCCUUCCCCGGCUGCACAAGUGCCUGGCGUCCCCGACUAAGCGGGAAGAAGAGCACAAGCUCAUCAAGUCGAAGGUCGUGCAGGACGAGGAAGUGGUCCGUGUGCCCUUGGCGUUCGCCAUGGUUAAGCUGCUGCGGUCCCUGCCGCAGGAGGCGAUGGAGGCCAACCUGCCGAGUAUCCUGCUGAAGGUGUGCGCCCUACUCAAGAACAGAGCGCAGGAGGUCAGGGACGUGGCACGCAGCACCCUCGCCAGGAUCCUGGAGGACUUGGGCGUGCGCUUCCUGCAGUACGUUCUCAGAGAGCUGCAGACCACGCUGGUGCGCGGCUACCAGGUCCACGUGCUGACCUUCACCGUGCACCUGCUGCUGCAGAGCCUGGCCAGCCGCCUGCGGGUCGGGGACCUGGACGCCUGCCUAGACAUCCUGACCCAGAUCUUUAACCAGGAAUUGUUCGGGGCUGUCGCAGAGGAGAAGGAAGUGAAGCAGAUCCUCUCCAAAGUUAUGGAGGCGCGAAGAAGCAAGAGCUAUGAAUCCUACGAGAUCCUGGGCAAGUUUGUAGGCAGAGACCAAGUCACAAAGCUCAUCCUCCCGCUGAAAGAGGUGAGGGCUGAGGGCCUACGAGGUUGCGCGGCCACCAGGGGGCACCCUCGAGUUGGCAGCUGUGCACACAGCCUUGGGGCUCAGCUGCUUUCCCAGGCCCAGCAGGAAGAGCCUGGGUUUAUUGUGUCCCCACAUGCUGCAGCAUCUUCUCUGCGCACCCAUCUGGCCAAAUCAAGGUAUUUCUGGUGCAGGCUCAGGAGAGUCAGGCAAGCCCCAGCGCUGGGCUCACCGUUGCCGGGGGCUGACUUCCCAGUAGUGAGCGCACACGGUGUGGGGCCGCGGCUCGGAGUCCGCGUCCCCCAGCGACGGUCACGCGUGCCCGCAGCGGUGGGGCCUGAACCCGGGCCCUCACCCUGCGUCACCUCCCGGCCCCCUGCAGUGUUUUAUUCCAAAGCAGGGUUUCACUGCAACGCCGCGGUGAGCAGGAAGACCAGCACGCACGUACUGAUCGCGUCGGGGCUCCAGCUGCUGCAUCUGAGUCUGAAGACGGCCAAGGUCCGGUCCUCGAGCACACGCGACCUGGAGAUGCUGGACCCGUUCGUGUCCCUGUGCGUGCGGUGCCAGGAGCGGCCGCCUCCACAGCUCCCGGCCACCUUGCCGGGCGUUGGGAACACCGUGGGCGUGCUGUGCGGGCCCGGGACCCUGAGACGGGCGUGCGUGUCUUUCGCGCUCCCGUUUGAGGCUAUUUUGUCGAGGAAGCUGCUGGUCCCAGAAGUGGAGGACGUGAUGCGGAAGGUGUCCACGCUGGCCAUCUCCCCACCGGCGCUCAGCCUUUCCCUCCCACAGGGCCUGCUGCAUGAGAACUGCGGCCUGCUCUUCGUCCCGCUCUGCCUGACGAUGGUCAACGAUGCCUCGGCCUCCUGCAGGAAGAUGGCGUCCCUGGCGCUCAAGGCGCUGCUGGGCAGGCUGGGCCCCGAGCAGAGGGACAGGCUCUUCCACAUGGUCGCCGCCUGGUUCGGAGCCAGGAAGCGGCUGAACAGACAGCUGGCUGCCCUCACCUGCGGGUUGUUUGUGGAGAGCGAAGGAGCCGACUUUGAGAAGAGGCUCGGGGAUGUUCUUCCCAUCAUUGAAAAGGAAAUCGACCCUGAAAACUUCCGGGAUAUUGCGGAGGAGACAGAGGAGAAGGCCACAGACCGCCUGCUCUUCAGCUUCCUGACGCUGCUGAACAAGCUGGCCAGGGAGUGCAGCCUCAUUCAGCUCACCAAGCCCGCCGAGACCCUGAGCAGGAUCUGGAGUCACACGCACACACACCUGCGCCACCCGCACAGCUGGGUGUGGUUCACGGCGGCCCAGGUCUUCGGGCUGCUCUUCGCUGCCUGCCAGCCCGAGAUCCGCUUCCUCACCAGCGACCUGGACCUCAGGAUGAAGAGCCUGUCCCUGGCCGCCUGCCACCAGCUGCACUCCCGGUUCCUGGACGCGGAGCUGGGCGAGCAGGUUGUGAAGAACGCGCUGGACCUCGGGGCGCACCGGGUCGAGCCGUACCUGCCGGUGAUCGUGGCUCCUCUCUUCCGGGAGCUGAACAGCACGUACUCUGAACAAGACCCCGCACUGAAGAACCUGUCCCAGGAGAUCAUCGAGCUGCUCAAGAAGCUGGUCGGGCUGGAGAGCUUCUCCGCCGCCUUCGCCUCCGUCCAGAGGCAGGCGAGUGAGAAGAGGGCGCAGCGGAAGAGGAAGAAGGCGCUGGAGUUUGUAACUAACCCUGACAUUGCUGCCAAGAAAAAGAUGAAGAAACAUAAAAAUAAAAGUGAAGCGAAGAAGAGAAAGAUCGAGUUCCUGCGUCCGGGCUACAAGGCCAAGAGGCACAGAGGCCGUGGCUUGCGGGACCUGGCGGUGGUGGAGUAGCGCCCAGGCUGCUGUCCUGCGGGCGUGGCGGGGUCGGUCCUUUCUGUACAGUGGUCUGACGUAAUCCACUUUCAUAAAUUAAAAUGCUCAGUGCCUCAUUGCUACCGCGUCCUCUGUCUACAGAGCACCUAACACUGCAAGUUUAGACUGGAACUUUAACGAGAAGGUAUUUUGUCCAUAAAUGUUACCCCUCCCCUCGCUAUGUACAGAAGCUUUGUUUCCGUUUUUCCUCGUCUCACUUUUUGUGUCCCUUCCUUCCUUCCUUCCCCUCCUCCGUUCCCCUUCCCAUUUGAACACUUUCUUCCCGUUUCCCAGCAUCCGUUAUCCAUCUCAGUCUUAUUUCCAGCUUCUCACACCAGAGGAACAGUGUGGUAUUUCAGCGUGUGUGUCUGCUGUAUGUCACUUACGAGUGUGGUCCGAGGUCCAUCCGUUUAGCUGUCAGUGUCCGAAGCGCACCCUCCUUCAUGGCAGAGUAGUGCUCCGCUGUGUAAACCACAUCUUCUGUAUCUGCUCGCCAGGUGACGGGCACUGGGGCUGUUCCCAAGACUUAGCUAUGAUGGUGUGUGUAUCGCUGUGAUGUGAUUGUUUUAAUUCUUUUGGAAAGAUACCCAGCAGAGGGAUGGCUGGGUCAAAUGGGACCUCCA